AUGAUGCUGUCGCGUACAAAACACCGUUCUUCGGUGGAAGUGUGUUCAGAUUGUGGGGCAUCAGAUCCGUCAUGGGCAUCUAUAAACAGAGGAUUACUUCUGUGUGCCGAGUGCUGCAGUGUUCAUAGAAGUAUGGGUCGACAUAUAUCUCAUGUUAAAUCCUUACGGCAGGGAUCUUGGCCGCCUUCCUUGUUAUCUAUGGUGCAAGCUCUUACAGCUCAGAAUGUAAACAGUAUUUGGGAGCAUUCUUUAUUGGACACUUCAGCUCCAAAGCAUUUACGAAAGAAACCACAGCCUAAAGAUCCUCUCCAUCCAAUUAAAUCUGAGUUCAUAUUGGCCAAGCAUUUAAGGCUGGCAUAUGUUCUACGAGCCAGACGUGACGAGCCUCCCGGCGAGCUCGGCAGACAGUUACACAGUGCAGUCAGAAGUUCCUCAUUAGAUACAGCAAUGAGAUUGUUAGCUCAGGGAGCCGAUCCUAAUUACUUUAAUCAGGAGAAGGGAAACACUUGUCUUCAUGUAGCGUGCCGGGCAGGACAACCUGCUCAAGCAGAAUUAUUAGCAGCGUGGGGUGCUGAUCCCACUGCCCGAGACAGCAUGGGGAAUAUGCCCGCAGACAGUGCCAGAGCAGGUGGUCAUACGGAGUUGGCGGAUCGUAUGACGGAGCUGGUGUACGAGUGUACGGACAGGUUGAUACAGUUCUUGACGGGAGCGAAGCCCGAGCACUCCGCUGGAAGACAUUACAUAGUACCUCGGGCACACGACUCACAUGAAAUGACAGAUGUAGCUAAGGCAGCUCGGGGAAAACUACAAUUGCUCCCCAACCACUUAUUUGAAGAGCUGGUGAUGGAUAUCUACGAUGAAAUAGACCGUAGGGAGACUGAAGCGAUAUGGCAGACAAGUGCCACGGGCUUAGAGCGUUGUGGCGUGGCAUUUCUUCCCGUGAAUCCCGCGCUUUCCGCUCCAAGGAAUCAGGGUCGUCAGAAGUUGGCGCGACUGUCUGCACCUGAACUGGCCGCGUUGUUGAGGGACGUGUUGUUAGAUGCUACCAGGAGACAAAGGAUCGCGGCCCUACAACCUAGAGGUCUAAGCGGCCCUUCAAACCCUCUUCUCUCCGCGACGCAUCUUAAGCAUCUUUCGCAGAUGUCAGAUGACGAACCUUUAUACGACUCGGUUGCUUCCGACGAAGACUACGCCGCUCUGGCGCCAAUCGACCUCGAUAUGUCACAUCUAGAUCCUCGAGCCGGUGAAAUAGUAGCUUCCACAUACAACCCUUCGCUGCCUACCGAUCAAUCCACAUCCGAUCCGACGCGGUCCCACUCACCCAGUCCCGGGCUGAGCGUUCCCAAGAAGAAGACAGAGAUAGAAAGUCUCAAGAAAGAGCUAGACAAUAGAGAUUCAACUAUCACAGAACUCAAGAAUCAGCUGAAGAAUCUGCAAACUAUAGUCGAGCAACUCACCAAAGAAAACAGCGCGUUGAAAACUAGCAGUGUGGAUGAUGACCAUAGUAUGACGUCACAAACAUCUAUCAACGAGAGUAAUACACUGGAGCUAUCACCUCAAGAAAGGGGGAGGAGUCUGGACACGGAACCUCUGACACUAUCAGAAGACGUGGAGUUGAGGCAAGCGGUGAAAACACGGCCGGUCAGUAUGUUUGAGGCUAGGGAGGGACCAAAGAAUAACUGGCAGGUUACUAAACACCAGCUAACAAGUAUUCCUGGUUUGGAGCGCUCUUUGACUCAAGGUGCGCUUGAGGGGGCUUCGGUCCAGCAGGCGCCGUCGGGGGAGGUCCAGUUAAGGGCGGAGGCCGUGACCCGCUGUAUACAGGAACUGUGGGCCGCCGCGAGGCUCAGGAGACCACAACUACCAGACUGCGCUGACUCUAUACGGAGAACCGUCGCUGAUCUACUGUCUUUGUUCCCACAGACAUGUACGGACAGUGCCCUCCAACAAGUCAUAUCAGAUCUCCGAUCAGCCAGUGAGGCGGUGGUCCUGUCUUGCAGCACUAGGGCUCCGCUGGACCAGGUGCGGGCGGCGGCCUACGACCUGGCCAAGGCUACCAAGCUGCUAGUAACACACUUCACGCCCUCCUAG